AUGACCCAUUCUAUGGACCCCAAAUUGGAUAAAAUUAUGACGAGGUUUAAUGCCAAAGUUGAUGGGGGGCAUUACUAUGAGGCUCAACAAACUCUGAGGACUGUGGCAAAUCGGUACGUUAGAGGCAAAAAAUGGCCAGAGGCUAUUGAUUUUAUAACCCAUGGGAUACAUUCUUUUCUGGAGGCUGGGCAGAUGGUUUUGGGGGCGGAUUUGACGAUGUAUUUGUUAGAGGUGUAUAACAUGUCAGGGGCGAAGUGCAACGAGGGUAAUGUGGCCCGGUUGGUUCAAAUUUUGGUUGGGUUGGAUGCAGAGGAGCCUAGUUUGAAAGUUAUCUGUACUGGUAUGAAUAACUGGUCUAUAAAUAAUGGGACUUAUAAGUUUGGAGACCCUUACUUGCAUUGUGUGAUUGGGAAGCGGCUACUGGAGGCUGGGUAUGUGUAUGAUGCGGAGAGGUAUCUAUUGUUGGGGACGCAGGACACAAUGAUAAAAUACUCGGAGUUGAUGUGGGAUUGGUAUGUUCAGUCGGGCGAUGAUAAGGCGGUUGGAAGCUUUCUUUCUCGGUUGAUUUUUAGUUACUUGAGCAUCUAUAAUAUCAAGUAUGCGCUGGAAUCAUCUAGGAGUUUUUUAGAAACGUUCAUCAAGAAUAAGAACCCGAAGUUUGAAAAGUUCGAAAAGAAGCAUGCGACGGUUUAUUUCUUCCCAGACUACAGUGAACUCAACUUCUUGCAAGUCUUAUUGAUAGCUUGUCAAACGGGAAACGCGGAGUACUUUACUAGUUUAAAAGCCCAGUAUGCUGAGUAUGCUGAAAGUUACAAACAAGAGUUAGCAUUUUUGGCAAUAGAGUACUUCAAUAUCCGGCCACAAAAGCCAGUUAAUUUAUUGCAAGAUAUGAUGGCAGGCUUUUUUAAUGGUGUUUAA